GAAAUACAUGUUAGAUGGAACUCACACAUAAUGUAUGGAAAAAUUCACACAGAAAAGUGAUCAUUUAUCUAUUUAGAUACCUUUCAUAAACACUAACACAAAUAACAAAAUGGUGUCUCUGGAUAAUUUCUUUUUUGUCCCCAAUUUGUGUCAGAUUAUUCUCUUGCUGUUUAUUUCUAAUCUUCCCAACAUACUUUCACAAGACUCUAACCCUUCAACCCCCACCAUAGCUGAAUGCACAUCUAGCCUAAUUCCCCUUAUUCCUUGCACCCCAUUUGUGCAGGGUACUUCCCCUUCUCCAGGGUCACUAUGCUGUGGCAACCUCAAACAGAUCUACAGCCAAGAGCCACAUUGCCUUUGCCUCUUGUUCAAUGCCACUAACUUCAGUUCUUUUCCCAUCAACAGAACACUUGCUCUGCAGUUACCAGCUCUUUGCAACCUUCAAGUUAAUGCCAAUAUCUCCGUCUGUUUAGUGAAUCAAGUGCAUACGCCUGCAACUGCUCCUCAGGUUUCUUUAGGCACAAAGAACAACUCCACUGUUAUGGCUUCUCCUGCAUUUUCAGUUCCACCAACACCUGUCAUGAUGGGAUUUGGGUUUCGGAGUAACAAAGCAACUAACAUAAACAUAAGGAAACCAUUGGUUGAUGUUAUUACUGUAGCAUUAUUAUUUUUUUUUAGUAACAUAAUGUAAUAAGUAUAAUGAAAUAGUUUUAUAUUACAAUAUGUUAAA